AUGGCUUCCCUUCAUUAUCCUCCAUGCCCAUCUGGGCUAGAGAUUGAAACGACGAGGAUAGAUGAAGAAGAAGCAUCAAGCGGUCCGAAGAAGAAGAGUGAUGACGUUAUUGAUGGGGGAGAAGAGAAGGGGAUAUGGCUGACGUGGAAGGAUGUAUGGGUGAGAGCUUCUUCAAGUGGGAAGAAGAAGAAGAAGAAGAAGAAGAAAGGGAUUAAUGGAAGCAGAACAAUACUGGCAGGUCUCACUGGUUAUGCCAAACCAGGUCAGCUUUUGGCCAUCAUGGGUCCUUCUGGCUGUGGCAAGUCCACUCUUCUGGAUACUUUAGCAGGGAGAUUAGGUCCAAAAACAAGGCAGGCAGGGGAGAUUCUUAUUAACGGCCACAAACAAGUACUCGCCUAUGGGACCUCGGCAUAUGUGACACAAGAUGACGCUUUGCUCACAACCCUAACAGUUGGAGAAGCAGUGUACUAUUCAGCUCAGCUUCAAUUACCAGACACAAUGUCAAAGGAAGAGAAAAAGCAGAGAGCAGAGUUCACAAUAAGAGAAAUGGGUCUUCAAGACGCCAUUAACACCAGAAUUGGAGGUUGGGGUUGUAAGGGAAUCAGUGGAGGCCAAAAGAGGAGAGUGAGUAUUUGUAUAGAGAUCCUGACACGUCCAAGACUUCUGUUUCUUGAUGAACCAACCAGUGGACUUGACAGUGCAGCCUCGUACUAUGUUAUGAGCAGAAUCGCCAGCCUUGAUCGGAAGGAUGGGAUUCAGAGGACCAUUAUUGCGUCUAUUCAUCAACCUAGUACUGAAGUGUUUCAGCUUUUUGAUAAUCUGUGUCUUCUUUCUUCCGGAAGAACUGUGUUCUUUGGUCCUACUAUUUCUGCAGCAAGUGAGUUCUUUGCCUCAAAUGGAUUUCCCUGUCCUGCUGUCCAGAAUCCAUCCGAUCAUUUCUUGAAAACUAUAAACAAGGAUUUUGAUGAUCAGGUCUGCUUCAUGAAACCUACAGAAGAAGCAAUAGAAAUGCUUGUGAAAUCAUACAAGUCUUCUAAUUUCAACCGACAAGUUCAAGCAGAAGUAGCAGCAUUAUCUGCACAGGAAAGUGGAAUGGUGGUGGAGAAGAAGAAGAAGAAAAAGCAUGCAAGCGAUUCCCUACUCAGUGCAUUGUUCUUACAAAGAGAUCAUUCUUGA